AUGUGCCGAAGUACCACUGCCACAGUCCCACGCCGCAUGGGGCAGCCAUCACCAUCAUCCAAGAAGCGACCGCGUCAAGUACAGUUUGCCAAGAAGGUAGCGCAAGUCCACGUUGUGGAAAACAUUGCCACCCCGUACAGUCAACGAUGGCUCUGGUACAACAAGCAAGAGCUCCAACGCGCCCAGUUCAUGGACCUGCGACGCAACAUGGUCGCACCCGACUUGGUCGAUACUCCACACGGCGCACCCGAUUUGACGUGGCGUGGAUUGGAGCAACACAAACCCAAGCAACGCAAACUGCUCGGGCCACGAGAGCAUGUGCGUGCCGUGUUGGACGUGUACCGCAAUCAACGAUACUCACAGGGAACCUGGGUGCCGGAGGAUUUGCGCAAUCUCUCCGAGGCGCUUUCGUGCGAUCAUCGAUUGGAAGCAAUGCAACGUGCCUGGCAUGAUCAGAAGAUGGCGACAAGUAGAAACAACAACAAGGGAACAGCAACGAACAAGAGCCUGGUGCGCUCUGCCAGUGGACGACGACGCAGCAGUGGCACCAGCUUUGGAAUGCAUCGGGCGAUUCAACGAGUGCCCAUGGUGGAGACCUUUCUUUGGUUGAUGAGAGUUGUCACAUUCUUUCUGCUUUGUGGACUCUUGUUUGCCACUCACCACUAG